AUGAAGUUCCCACUGGUGCCGCUGGUAAACGACCUCACCUUUUCCUUUCUGGUUUUCUGGCUCUGCCUGCCCGCGGGCUUGCUGCUAUUCCUGUUGGCCAUCUGGCUGUGCUUCUUGCUUGGCCAAGAUUCAGAGGAGAACGCCUCCAGCUUAUGCUUUGAUUGGGAGCCCUGGGACAAAGGGCUGGCUGAGGUCUGCUGGGAGGAGGUGUUCGAUAGCCAGGAGGAGGAGAGGCCCCUCUGGUGA